GCGGCCGAGGCCAGGCCGCAGCGAGGUCGGAGGCGGAGCGCCCGCGGGCAGCGCCCCCCACGCGAGGUGACCCCCUGGGAGCGAGCGCAGCCCGCGCGCACCUCCGCGUCCCAGCAGCAGGCUCCCUGCCGAGAUGGCGUCAGCAGGAGACCCCCCCACGGGCCCUCGGGAUGCAGCCGACCAGAACUUCGACUACAUGUUCAAGCUGCUCCUCAUAGGCAACAGCAGCGUGGGCAAAACGUCCUUCCUGUUCCGCUACGCCGACGACUCCUUCACGCCUGCCUUCGUCAGCACCGUGGGCAUCGACUUCAAGGUCAAGACCGUCUACCGCCACGACAAGAGGAUCAAACUGCAGAUCUGGGACACGGCGGGCCAGGAACGCUACCGGACCAUCACCACAGCCUACUACCGAGGAGCCAUGGGCUUCCUGCUCAUGUAUGACGUCGCCAACCAGGAGUCCUUCACUGCUGUGCAGGACUGGGCCACACAGAUCAAGACCUACUCCUGGGACAAUGCCCAGGUCAUCCUCGUGGGGAACAAGUGUGACCUGGAAGACGAGCGUGUUGUGCCCACCGAGGAUGGCCGGAGGCUCGCCGAUGACCUUGGUUUUGAGUUCUUCGAGGCCAGCGCCAAGGAGAACGUCAAUGUGAAGCAGGUCUUCGAGCGCCUGGUGGACAUCAUUUGUGAGAAGAUGAACGAGUCCCUGGAACCCAGCUCCAGCCCAGGCAGCGAUGGAAAAGGCCCGGCCUUGGGGGACACCCCGCCCCCCCAGCCCAGCGGCUGCAGCUGCUAGAGAUGGCCCCCAGCCCCCCACCCCCUCCUGCCUCAGCAGGGACUAUGACCGAGGCGUGAGCCACAAGGGCUGUUUCCAAGCUCAGGGUGCCUGCUCCCUCCCAUCAGCUGUCAGCUGCCCCCCACUCCUGCAUGGCUCAUUCUCGCCGUGGCCGCCAGCCCGCCCAGGCAGCCCCUGUCGCAGGCUCUGGACCCUGGGGCCUCUGCCUUGCAGGCAGGGUCUGGGGAUGUUGGCGUGCACGAGCUUGCUGCUUUCCAGGCGUUUUAAUGGGGGGAGCGUGGGCUGCGUGUCCGCCCGGUGGAGGGGCGUCCACAGUGCCUUCUGGGUUAGACCCCCUCUCCACGUCCAUUGUGUGGGGUGCAUUGCCUGGAGUUCACGAGCUGGCCGAAGAUGGUUCGUCUUCUCUCUCCUGCGGUGUGGGCUCCCAGA